CAAUCCCUUCAUUAAAUAGCUUGCCCUCUAAAGGCUUCUGAAGUGGAAGCAGCACCUCUCAACUCCCGCCGGGAUCGGCUCUCCCCAGCAUGCGAGCUGCGCUCCUCCUCGCCGCCAGGGCAGCAAGACUUCUCGGCUUCUUGCUUCUGCUUUUCUUCUGGCUAGACCACGGCGUGCUAGCCAAGGAGUUGCAGUUUGCCACAUUGGUAUUUCGGCAUGGAGACAGAAGUCCCAUCGAAACCUUCCCUAAUGACCCCAUUAAGGAAUCCUCGUGGCCACAAGGAUUUGGCCAACUCACUCAGGUGGGCAUGGAGCAGCAUUAUGAACUUGGAAAGUAUAUAAGAAAAAGAUACAAAAACUUCUUGAAUGAUUCCUAUAAACAUGAACAGGUUUAUAUUCGAAGCACAGAUGUUGAUCGGACUUUGAUGAGUGCUAUGGCAAACCUUGCAGCCCUGUUUCCUCCAGAAGGUAUCAGCAUCUGGAACCCCAGCCUGCUCUGGCAGCCCAUCCCAGUGCACACAGUGUCUCUUCCUGAAGAUCGGUUGCUACACCUGCCUUUCAGGAACUGCCCUCAAUUUCAAGAACUUGAGAGGGAGACGUUGGAAUCAGAGGAAUUCCAGAAGAGGCUGCAUCCUUACAAGGAUUUUAUAGAAACCUUGCCAAAACUUUCAGGAUUCCAUGGCCACCAGGACCUUUUAGGAAUUUGGAGUAAAAUCUAUGACCCUUUAUAUUGUGAGAGUGUUCACAAUUUCACUUUACCUUCCUGGGCUACCAAGGACACCAUGACUAAGUUGAGAGAAUUAUCAGAAUUGUCCCUCCUGUCCCUCUAUGGAAUUCACAAGCAGAAAGAGAAAUCUAGACUCCAGGGGGGUGUUCUGGUCAAAGAAAUCCUCAAUCACAUGAAGAGUGCAACCCAGGCCGCAAGCUACAGAAAACUUAUCAUGUACUCUGGACAUGAUACUACUGUGAGUGGCCUACAGAUGGCGCUAGAUGUUUACAACGGAAUGCUUCCUCCUUAUGCCUCCUGUCACUUUAUGGAACUGUACCUGGACAAGGGGCAGUACUUCUUGGAGAUGUACUACCGGAAUGAGACACAGCACGAGCCACACCCCCUCAUUCUACCAGGCUGCACCCACAGCUGUCCUCUGGAGAAGUUUGCUGAGCUCGUUGCCCCUGUGAUCCCUGAAGACUGGUCUGCAGAGUGUAUGAUCACAAGCAACAACCAAGUUCUAAAGAUUGUCCUUGCUGUUGUCUUUUGCCUGGUAUCUGCUGUCUUGGUGGUGCUACUGUUUGUGAUUAUUCGCCACGGGCCCUGCUGGCAGAGAGAAUACUAUGGGAACAUCUGAACAGAUGGCUGAACAAGAGGAGACAAGCCGGGCCAGCCUCAUAUGACACAGCAUCUCUCAGUGAUGCAGCAUCAGAAGGACAGACUUGCCGUGGGGGCUUUGCCAUGCCUAAGCUAUUCCUUUUGUACCUGCCUAGUGCCGGGUCUGAACUCACAGCAACCCAUGAAUUGGUGGACUGACCAAUGAAUGAACACCCAGGUUACUUAGUUAGGUCUUCUCACCAUUGCAGGAUAGCGCAGGCUGCUCACCUGGCUAGGAAGAGGCUCUUCCACCAACAACAGUUGUGUUCUCUGACACAGAUGUCCAGAGAGAAAUAAGAAACCAAACUUCAACCAGCUUUUGUCUGCAAACAACAAAGAGUGAGAAGAUGAACAAAGACAGAUUAGGGAAAACUGGAUAAUGUGGAAGGUUACAAUAGGAGUAUUAUGAUACAGGAUGAUGCUUAAAAAAUAAGACCCAAUCAGAAAUUAUGAACUUUUUCCUUA